GGAAAGACCUAAAUCCCGAAGCGGGAUGAGGGAAGAGGAGCCGAGGGAUCCCGGGAUGAAGCUGAGGCUGUUCCUCUCUUCCAGAAAAUGGCGGAGAAAUUCCUGGAGGGCGAAGUGCCCUUGGAAACGUUCCUGGAGCAGUUUGCCACCAUGAGGAAAUUGUCCCACCUGCGCCGGGUCCGCGUGGAAAAGCUGCAGGAGAUCGUGAGGAAGUCGGAGGGAUCCCAGGAAUCUGGCCGGGACUCGCAGCCUCCUCCUCCUCCUCCUCCUCUCCCUCCUGCUCCUCACAUUCCUGGCUCCGGGGAUCCUCCACAGCCCUUCCCAGCGGGAUCUCCACCCUUCCCCCUUCCCUACAGCCCAGCUCCCGUGCUCCCUCCCGGCCCCCCGGCCCACGGAGCGCUGCCUCCCGCGCCUUUCCCAGCAGCUCCGGCUUCUUCCCAGCCCGGCUCCCAACCCUUUCCUUACCCAGCUCCCGGAUAUCCGUCAGCUCAGGCUCCCAGAGCCGCCUCCGGAGGCUAUUCCUGGUCUCCAUCCCGGGCCCCUCCGCAGCCGGCGCCGUAUCCCGGUCCCAGUCCGUCUCCUCCUCCCAGGCCGGGAUACUCUCCCUACAUCCCUCCUGGAGCGGGAAGGCCGCCCUAUCCCACCCAGCCCCCUCUCCCGAAUUUCCCGAUCCCGGCACAGCCUCCCUAUCCUGGGGCUCCCCCCCCCCUUUGGUACCCCCCCCCUCCCAACCCUUCCCGUCCGGCUUGGCCUGGAUACUAAUCCAGGACUUUCCGGGAGCAUCCUCUGCUGCUUCCUUCUUUUUCUGGGGAUUGAGGAACAGGUGGAAUCCCAGGAAUUCCGUGGGAUGAGAGUCACAGCUCCAGGAGUCAGAGCCAGGUGAUUCCCAGCUGGAUAUAGCAAGAAGGGGCUGCCCCUCAGGGCUGGAAUUCCGGAGAGGAGAAGGCUCCAGGGAGACCUUGGAGCACCUUCCAGAGCCUAAGUGGGCUCCAAAAGAACUGGAAAAGGACUUGGAUAUAAUGGGCUGGAAUGAUGGGAUAAAGGGGAAUGGCUUCCCGCUGCCAGAGGAUGUGUUUAAUGGGAUAUUGGGAAGAAGUUCCUCCCUGCAAGGUUGGUGAAGCACUGGAAUGGAUUUCCCAGGGAAGCUGUGGCUGCUCCGUCCCUGGAAGUGUCCAAGGACAAGUUGGACGGGGCUUAGAUCCACCUGGAUUAGUGGAACGUGGUUGGAACGGGAUGACCCUUAAAAUCCCUUCCCACCCAGCCAUUCCAGGAUUGUCUGGGAGUCGGUGAUUCCCACCCAACCUCUGGUAUUCCCGACCUCCCGCGUGGUUUUCCGGGCUCCUCACAUCCCCCUUCUCAGGAAACACUUGGAGACAGAGGGAACGACAAAUACCGGGAAUGGGAUUUGCUUUGCUCAGCACUUUAUCCUACGAGUCCCGCCCGUAUCCCUGGAAGUUAUUUAUAAGGAGUGGUUACUAAUGGACUAGGAUGGGGCUUUGUGGGAUUUCAUGGAAGCAAUUCCAUCCCUGGGGUUAAUUACAGAAAUAAAACUGCAUUAAUUAAUUCCA